CCUCUACAAGACCCGAAUUUUUGCGGUGAACCUUUGUCCUUCUCAAGCUUUUCUUUAUGAUAACAUCUGUAAGAAAGGGGAUAAUACGUUUUGACAGUACUAGAACAUGUCGCACUUCAACGCUGCCCAGUUGUUGUCGGUCGAAGGACUGGUUGUCGUCUUAACCGGUGGUGGCACAGGUAAGCUGAACCCCUUACUGCCGCAAAGUUCGUGUGAAGACUAUGUUUACCCUCCAGGAUUGGGCCGUUCAACAGCCCUUGCCCUGGCCGAAAACGGUGCCGCCAAAGUCUUCAUCCUUGGCCGUCGAGAGGAUGUUUUGCAAGAGACCGUGUCUCUUGGCAAAAAAGACACCAUUAUUCCAGUCCAGGCAGAUAUAACAUCGAAAGAGUCGUUACAGGCAGCCUAUGAGACUGUCGCAGCACAGACAGAUCAUGUCGACCUACUCAUCGCCAACAGCGGCUAUGGAGGCCUGCCAAUGGCACCGCCAAAGCCAAAGCCGGACGGGUCAAUCCCAAGUCUUGCUGAGUUCCGAGAUCAUCUGUGGUCCUCCCCAGAAGAAGAUUUCGGGAAGCUCAUGGAUAUCAACGUGAAAGGGACAUUUUUCACUGUUGUUGCAUUUUUGUCUCUGCUCAACGCAGCAAAUGAGAGAAGACCGGCUCCCGUAGAGGACCAACUCCCAACCCCAAAGGCACAGGUUAUCAUAGUUGGUUCGGUAGCCGGUCAUUUUCGAGUUGUGCCUUAUAGCAUCGCAUAUAAUAUCUCCAAGGGUGCGGUGCAUCACCUGAUCAAGACACUGUCCAACAUUCUCACACCGUACGAUAUCCGUGUGAAUGGUAUAGCACCGGGAUUGUUUCCUUCUGAGAUGACGAAGAUAGCGUUUGGAAUUACCAAGUCAUCAGCCUCGGAUGGUGCCUUUCCCAAGAGUGAACUGCCCCCCGGUCGCGCUGGUCGCCAUGAAGAGUUUGCAGGCUUGGUUCUUUGGAUGGCAAGUCCCUCUGGGGCAUAUGCCAAUGGCAAUAUCACAAUCAUCGACGGGGGUUGGCUGAGCACGUUGCCAAGUUGUUAGGUACUCAACACUGAAACAGAACACGAUGGCACGUAUAUACAUAUAUUCUCAUUGAGCUAGGAAGAAACGUUCAUGCAUAACCCAAUACAAGAUGUUAUACGCUUUGAAAG